AUGAUAUUCGAAAUAGGUGAAAUAUUUACAGUCUAAGAAUCAUUAAAAGAUGAGAAAAUUGCUAAAAAUUUAGAUUUAGAUGUUGGUUCUUUAAAUGAUUUUCUUGAUUUGAGAUCUACUGAUCCUAAUCCUCGUUUACCUAAUAGAAGAUUAGAUCGUAAAGCAUAAAAAAGAUAAGAUCAAAUUCCUAAGAAGUUUGAAUAAGCAAAAGAAGAAAAAGAAACAGUUAAAGCAUCAGAAAUAAUAUCAAAUAUUAUUAAAGAUGUAUUUAAAAUGGAUAUUAGUGAAUUUGAGUAAAUGAAUUCACCUGAAAAACUAAAUAAAGAAUAUAAAUUUUAAGAAAUUGAUCCUGAAAAAAGGAAAUAUUUAAGAAUGAAAAUACCUUUAACUAAAAGAUAAGAAUAAUUUGAAUAGGAGUUAUUAAAUGUUAAAUCAGAUUUAAAGUUAAAAAUAUAAGAAAUUCGUAUGCCUUAAUAAAAAAAUGUUGGAAAUAAUUCUUAAAAAGAUGAUAAUACUUUCAGUAGACCUAAUUCUUAAAAAAUUAAAUAGAACUCAAACUCAAAUAAAUAAUUUUUUAAUUCAAGUAAUGAAGUAGAUGCAAUUGAUUCUCAUAUUUGGUUAUAAAGUAGAUUAGAAAGAAUAUUAAAAUUAAAUUCACAUAAUUUAGACACUUAGAAAUCAUGGAAAGAAUAUUGGAGUAAUGUGAAUUGUUCUGAUUUUAAAACAUUUUAAGAAUUUUAAUAAUAACAUAAAAAACCUCAUCUUGCAUCAGAUUUAGUAACUAUCAAUUAUGGUGGAGAGAAAGCUACCAAAUAUUAAAAGAAUGAUAAUGAAAUCUCAGUAAAUAUCAAGAAUUCAUCAUCACUGACAAUAAAGAAUAAAUAAAUAACUAGUGAACAUAUAAUCUAUUUAUCUAUGGUUUAGCCUCCUUUGAUAAAUUUAUUAAGAGUAGAAUUGAUAAAAACUUAACUAAAUGAAACAGCAUUUAAAUUAGUAACUACUUUAUUAAGUGAAUGCAAAAGAUUAGAGUAUUUAAAUAUAUCUAGUAAUACAUAUCCUAGAAAUCAAACUAUUAAGAUAUUAUUAUUAGAUUUAUAGAAUCUCAAAAUCUUAAAAAUGUCAGACAUGAUGAUAUCAACUAAGUAUUUUUUGGAUCUUUGUGAAGUGUUAGUCUAAACUAAUAUUUAGGAGAUUGAUCUUAGUAAUAAUUUAUUAGAUCAUCAUGCUUAUGAUGCAUUAAUUACAUUAAUAAAAUACUUACCAUCAUUAACAUAAAUGGAUUUCCAAUAAAAUGAUAUUUUAUAGAGUACAAAUUUACCACUUCAGAAGAAAUAGUAAUCUUGGGAGUAUUUAGAAAAAGUUAAAUUGAGUUAUUAAAGGAGAGUUAAUAUUGUAUUAUGA